CCAAGUUGAGAAGCGGCGGAGAGUGCAAAUCUUGUUUGGUCUGGGUCUGUGAACUUCAGCGUGACUUCAGCAACACCCAGCAGUCUGAAUCUUUACAACUCUCUCUCUAAACUUCAAGCGGCAUUAAUAACGCGAAAAAAAAAAACUCAGUUUAAGUUUGCUUUCUGAUUAAUGACGUGUGGUUUAUUUUUUUUUUAUUUUUAGAUCGGCUGUAAAACCGAAUAUCGGUCAUAUAUAACUCCCUUCUCCCCUGGAAAUAGCUGGUCUGGUAUAAUUUAAAUUGCGUCUCAUUAUAAUUAUAAUAAAAUCCUCUCAGUUUACCCAAAUGUGAUAGGACGAGUCGCUCUGAGCAGUGGUGAUCUAACCUAAGUGGCUCAGGGCUUCCCAGCAUGUCAGGUAUUAACAGAGCGAGUGAGAUUAAAUGUGGGAGGUAGGAGAGCUGCGCGCCGCCGCUGCGAGCUGGAAACUACUGAAUGGGAAUCUAUCCGGCAACUUUAGCAGACCGCUCUCUCACGGCGACACGGGGGCUCCUCUGCGUAAAACCGAGCGGCGCGUCUUCCAGUCUGGCUCAGCCCCGCUCGCACGCCAGGAGGACGCUCAAGUUGGAUCGGGCGCGCAGCUUCUCAGUCGUUCCCGGCGCUCGGCUCCCACUAACAUGCCUGCCAUCAAGAAGGAGCGGCUGGAUGGAGACGACAUGGCUCUGACCGCCUUCAACCAGUCCGAAUACCUGGCCCCUUUAAAUGCCACCGCCAUCCCCGUGGUGACCCCGCACCCGCCGCCGUACGAGCACAUUUUUGCCCAUCACCGCGCGUACUUGGGGCUCCACGACUCGGCGCUGCAUCACCAGCACCUCCACCACCACACGGACGACUUGAUGCUGGAGAGGUUCUCCUCCAUCCCGGACUUUCAGCCCUUCUUCGACAACGGGGAGCCGUGCAUCGAGGUGGAGUGCGGGGAGAACAAGGCUUUGCUUUACAUCAACAAACUGUGCCAGGGCAGUAAGGGACCCUCGAUAAAAUACAGGGGCGAGUGGCUCACCCCCAACGAGUUCCAGUUCGUCAGUGGACGGGAGACUGCCAAAGACUGGAAGCGGAGCAUUAGACACAAAGGAAAAAGUCUCAAGACUCUUAUGUCCAAAGGAAUCUUACAGGUGCACCCUCCAAUCUGUGACUGUCCAGGCUGCCGGAUUUCAUCUCCAGUGAACCGCGGGCGCUUGGCAGAGAAACGCACCAUCCCUCUUCCGCCCAACCGGGUGCCCAAAAAGGAACUGGCCUCGAUUUUCAGCAGUGACGACAGCGAAGGCAGCGAGCGGGCCAGCGGGGACCAUGCCCACAUCAAGCAGGAGGAGGAUCUGCAUUACAGUAUCAUGAAUAAAAGUCGGGACGGUGAUCUCUCUGCAAUUAUCUCCAACCUGCACCACACCAGACAGCACGGUAUGCCCGAAGAGCAGUCAGCCUCCGACCACAGCACCAGUACUCGACACACAGACGAACUUCUAGGCAAACGGAGAAGCUUCUCUCCCAACAGCAGCAGCAAGUGUCCCUCAGACAGCAAGAAGUCACGCAGUGUUUCGCCAAAAGAGAACUCCCAGAGUCCCGUGGUGGAGGCAGGCGGCAGCCACGGCCACAUGAGCCCCGUGGAGCAUUACAGGCGCAUGAUGUCAGCACUCAGCGAGCAGGGAUCCUUUGAGGAGCAGCAGCAACGCCUCUACCAGCUGGCGAGCAGCAUGGGCCUGCCGGGCCACGACAUCCUGCGGGCUCGUCAGGAGGCGCUGGCUGCAGCCGUCAGGAAUCCUGCAGCCUUGGAGGCCCACCUGCCCUCAGCGGGCAGCUCUUCGUCGUCCAGCCAGAGACGUAAGCAGGGUCUGCCGCAGCACCGGGACUCGCAUUACACCGACAGAGAGCUGUCCCAUCCUCCACCCCUCCUGUCUCCUCCUACCGCUCCUCAUGUCACCUUAGGGCCUCACCUGCGGCCUCCCUUCCUGGGCAUGCCCUCGGCUCUUUGCCAGACUCCCGGUUAUGGCUUCCUGCAGCCGGCUCAAGCUGAGAUGUUGGCUCGACAACAGGAGCUCUUAAGGAAGCACAAUCUGGCCAGGCUUGAGAUGUCGGCAGAGCUGCUGAGACAGAAGGAGUUGGAGAACCUCCACCAGCACCAGCAGCACCAGCACCAGCAGCAGCAGCAGCAGCAGCAGCGGAUGCUCGGCUCAGACCCUCUGGGAGCUCUUCCUCCCGGCCUGCCUCCUGACCACCCGGCCCUGCGGAGUCUCCACGAUAUCCCAGAGGGACACCCCCUACGCGAGGAGCUGGCCCGCCGCUCAAAUGCGAUGCUGGUGCUUCGCCACGGUGCCGCCAAUCCCCUCCUUACCCUCAACCAGCAGCAGCAGCAGCAACAACCAGGGGUGUCCUCCACUUCUAAAGACACGCAGGCGCAGAGCUCCACUGUUGGGCCAGAUGCCGAAUCCAGGAAGGCCAAUCGCAGGGAAGCUCAGACAGAGCUCCGCGCUGGGGAUCACAGAGGAGGAAGAGUCGACAGAGGAAGGGAAGGAGACAUGGAAGCGCACGACGAGGAGAUGAAGGACUCGGACAGCGAGACGGAGAUGAGCGAGGAGAGGCGAGAGGGCCUCGUCUCCAAGCCCAGCAGUAAACCCAGGGACAGAGAGAGGAACAGGGGCAAGGAGACUGGCAGCAAGGCAGGCUGUGAGAGUGCCAAGGAGACCGGAGGGAGCUCAGGGAGGCUGAGCGCUUCCAGUGCAGCAGAUACCGAGUCACCUAGUCGCAACCUUUUCACCCCGGGACUUGGCAAGGCCGAUCUCAAAUAUCACCUGCCGCCAGGGUUCAUACCGCCGUUGCCUGCUCUUCACGCCCAGACGCUGCCCUUUGGAUUUCCCUACGCCAGCCCUUACUUUCCCGCGGGCUCUUUGGGAGGACUUUUCAUGGACGGGGAGGACUCUGCGACGUCAAACCCUGCGGAGGACGUCAGCAAGUGGAGCGUGGAGGAUGUGUGCGGCUUCAUAAGCAGCCUGGCUGGAUGUGCCGAAUAUGCACAGGUGUUUCGGGAGCACGCCAUUGAUGGGGAGACAUUGCCGCUGCUCACUGAGGAGCACCUGCUCAACACACUGGGACUAAAGCUGGGGCCUGCGCUCAAGAUCCGCUCACAGGUGGCACGCCGUGUCGGCAGGCUCUUCUACAUGACAGGAUUUCCUCUGGCGAUCCCGUUUCCACCUUCCGCCGUGCUCCGCCCCCCGGAUCGGGACCGGGACCCCCUGACCGCAGCAUCCGACGCGCCUCUGCCCCUCUCCCUGUCCAUGCCGCACCGCCCCACCUCCACCAGCAGCAGCUCCUCUCCGUACAGCGGCCCCACUGCAGGAUGCUCGUCUCCCAAACAGGAAAACGGCACCGGCUCGGCGAUGGUGGGAAGAUACGAGGCUAAGACCCCCUCGUAGGAGUGGACAUGCCGAGGUGGGGGGGGGACAAGGCUCGCCUAAGUUGAUGACAUUUAAAUUUCAAACGGUUGUGGAAACGGACCGGUGGGCAGAGUCUGCGGUGGCUUGGAGACUAGCAGACCCCAAAGAAACCGGGCUGGAAGGGAGGAAUACAAAGUGACAGAGGAGCGGAGAAAGAGGAGGAAAAGGGAGACAGCUGGUCACAGACAGGCUGCCAAGAAACAGAAGCAGAGCCCUGCCACAAGACGCCACAGUCUAGCAAAUCAGACAGACACUAGCGGAAACGCGCCUCUCCUCGCCCACUUUUUGUGUCCCCAGUAUCCAUCGCUGACUGCGCUUUACCCUGCAGAGUUCAGGAAUCAAAAGCAACAUGUCUCCCUCCCUCCCUCCCUGACCAUCACCCUGUCUUCACCGAGGCUGGAGUUAAGACCUGUGCUGAGCUCCCUCCUAUAUAUCCCUGCAACUAUGCAUUCCACUGUCCUGAUACCAAAGAUGACCGGAUGUGUGGAACAGGAAACCACCGUGUGUCCGUUUCUUUUUGCAUCAAUGGUCCCACAGGAGGGGGGGGGGGGGAAAUGCUAAACUUGGGCGUCGUACAGUGGACUCCGUUUGAGCUGUCAGAAAUAGAGAGGCCUCAUGCAUCUCAGUUAAUUUAAAAUAUCAUUGAAUUGUUCUUUUAUUUCAGUAAUUCGAUUCUGAAACCGAACUGAAAAAAAAUCAUGUGGAUUAAAUAAAUGCCGCGUGGACUUACUUCAAGAGUUUAGUCCUGUUGGUUCGGAGUGUAGCUUUCAGCUAAUGAAAACCCAAGUCCAAAAAAAAAAAAAGGUUUCUUGAUACAUAAAUGUGGGUCUACUACAAGUAUGUCCGUGUACUGUUGCGUGUAGGCACUCAAUACUUGGUCAGGCCUCCUUUUGCAUGAACUACUGCAGUAAUGCAGCGUGGCGUGGAUGCCUGAGGUUCUGGUGAGGCGUUCAAGGAGCCCAGGUAGCUUUGAUAGCUGCCUUCAGGUCUCGUUGGAUCGUGUGUUUCUCAUCUUCAUCUUGUCAACACAGGUUCACUAUAGGGUGCAGGUCAUUGAACCAGCUUCUGGUAGCAAGUUACCAGCUGGAAAGUGAAAUCAUGAGGAUCUCCAUAAAGCUCGUUAGCAGCAGAAGGAAGCAUGUGGUGAUCUGAAAUGCUCCGCUACACCUCUAUGCUAACUUUGGACUCAAUAAACACGGGGGACCAACACCAGCAGGUCCCCCCGUGGUGAUUUCUUUAUUAACACUCGUUUUUAAUUGGUUUUAAUGCAAUAUUCAAAUAAAAAAAAAGAUGGGUUUUCAUUAGCUGUAAGCCAAAAAUAAAAAUACAUCUCCAUGUGUAAUAAACCUAUACAUUUCCGGACGAUACUCCAGUUUAUUUUUGAUGCACCUGUAGCGGGAAGUUUGAGGCAGAGCCACACUCGUCAGAAACGGAGAAGCCUCGGCGGGCGUCUACAACGUCGUCGUACACUUGUGUUGACUACUAUAAAGUAGGACAAACAUGCAAAAUUGUACAGAAUUGCGCUUAAGAUGAAAAUAUUCUGGUGGUACUUUCACUUUUUUUGUUUAAAGUAGUUGCACGAGUAAGAAUUCUUUUACUGAAAAAUGUGACUUGCUGAACUUUGGUGGUACUUAUGUUCAUAAUUUUCUUUAAAGAAAAAAAAAUAAAAGAAAAAAACAAAAAGAGGCUUCAAAUGCUAACCCAGCAUAUAAAUAUGAGGACAAAAAUAUUUAUAGCAUUUUGAUGUAGUGGAUAAAGCAGAUUAUGAUAUGUAUUAAAAUCAGCCCUUAAGACGGAUUCCAAAGAUACUUUUACUUUCUUUUCUCUUGGUUGCAGGGAAAAAAAAAGGCACAAAGCUCUUAAUGCAAAUGUUUUGAAUUUCUUAUGGAUUUUUUUUUAACUAUAAGGAAAAAAAAAGCAAUGAAUUAAUAAAAAUGUUCUCUAGAUUUCCCUUCAGAAGUUUUGUUUUCAUCCUAUUUUUCUAUUCACCGCACAGGUGAAAUAAAUCCUAAAGAAAAACUA